GGGCGCGCCGCUCCGGAACCACGUGGCCGCCUGUCACGCUGGGAACCCACCUGCCGUCCUCCCCACCCACCCCCACACAAGGUCUGGGAGUGGGCGCGGUGCUCUGACAGGGAAAUGUCUUGACAGGGAGACCUGAAGCCUCGGUGACCCUGACCAAGUAAUUUCCCUUCUGAACUUGGGCAUAAUGUUUCCAGUGCGAAUAGUUUGUGGCUUAGAUGGUGUAGCGACUGUUGACGGACCUCGGAAUGGGGGGUGUGGGACUGAAGCUGGCAGUGGCAGGGCCGCCCGGGGUCACCCGUCGGCCCGCUCAUACACCCCCUGUCCCCAGUGGCCGUACUGCGAGAAACGCUGCAGUUACUGCAACUUCAACAAGUACAUCCCCCGCGGCGUGGAGGAGGCUGCCCUGCGGAGCUGUCUGGUGACUGAGGCCCAGACUCUGCUGCGGCUCAGCGGGGUGCGGCGGGUGGAAUCUGUGUUCUUUGGUGGGGGCACCCCCAGUCUGGCCAGUCCCCACACUGUGGCUGCUGUCCUGGAGGCAGUGGCCCAGGCAGCCCAUCUGCCUGCAGACUCGGAAGUCACAUUGGAGGCCAACCCCACUUCGGCCUCAGGCCCCAGGCUGGCAGCUUUUGGGGCAGCAGGGAUCAACAGGUUAUCCGUUGGCAUCCAGUCCCUGGAUGAUACUGAGCUGCAUCUGCUGGGGCGCACACACUCGGCCAGUGAUGCUCUGCAGACACUGGCGAAGGCCCGGCGCCUCUUCCCUGGGCGUGUGUCUGUGGACCUGAUGCUGGGGUUGCCAGCACAGCAGGUGGGGCCGUGGCUCUGGCAGCUGCGGGAACUGCUACACCACUGUGAUGACCACAUGUCCCUCUACCAGCUGUCCCUCGAGCGGGGCACUGCGCUCUUCACGGGGGUGCAGCAAGGCGUCCUUCCUGCCCCUGCCCCUGAGCUCGCUGCUGAUAUGUACCAGGAAGGACGGGCAGUUCUUCGGGAGGCUGGCUUCCGCCAGUAUGAGGUCUCCAACUUUGCCCGGAAUGGGGCGCUCAGUACCCACAAUUGGACUUACUGGCAGUGUGGUCAGUACCUUGGCGUUGGGCCUGGGGCCCAUGGGCGAUUUACACCCCAGGGGGCCGGGGGCCACACCCGGGAGGCUCGGAUCCAAACGCUGGAGCCUGACAACUGGAUGAAGGAGGUGAUGCUGUUUGGUCACGGCACCCGGAAGCGCGUGCCCCUGGGCGAGCUGGAGCAGCUGGAGGAAGUUUUAGCCAUGGGGCUACGCACAGAUGUGGGGAUCACUCACCAGCACUGGCAGCAGUUUGAGCCCCAGCUGACUCUUUGGGACAUAUUUGGAGCCAACAAGGAGGUGAAGGCGCUGCUGGAGCAGGACCUAUUGCUGCUGGACCACAGGGGUCUUCGGUGUUCCUGGGAGGGUCUGGCUGUGCUAGACUGUCUGUUGCUGACUCUUCUGCCUCGACUCCAAGAGGCCUGGCAGCAGAGAUCCCCCUCCCCUGGGCCAGGAGGAUGACCAAAUGUCCCUGUCUCCCAGGACAAUGCCAGAAAUGGUCACCCAGUUUUAUUUAAACAGUCUAAUAAGCCCUGUGGAGUCAGCCUUGACUGUAGACCCCUCCUUUGUCUGGAAGCCUUCCCUGGAGUAUGGAAUCUGGAUUUGGGGAUGAGAGGCUUGGUCUAGGGCUGAAAUUCCUUCCCCCACUCCUUACAUUUCAUUUUGAAAGAUUUUUAAACAUAUAGAAAAGUUGAAAGAAUAGUUCACUGUAAACCAGAUAACCUUCAUUGCAGGGUGUCCAUAAAGUCUGGAAAUAGGAAGUAUUCAUAAUGUCAUCAAGGAUAUCUUCAACCCGUAAAAAAAUAAAAUAGCCAUGUUUCCAGACUUUGUGCUCACCCCUAUAGAGUUACCAGUUGCUAAGUCUGGUCACGUUUACUUAAUCUUCAGCUAGCUAGCUAAUUUCUUUCUUUCCUUUUCUUCUCUUUUUCUUUGCUGUACCAUUUGAAGAAAGUCAUAGACAGCACACAUUUUAGCUUGUAUCUCUUAGGAAAAAGGAUGUUUUCCUGUAUAGCCACACUACCAUCAUCAACCUAAGAAAAUUUACAUUAAUGCAGUAAUGUGCAAUCCACUUUCAAAUUUCUCCAGAUGUCUCUAAAACACCUUAAAGCUUUUUGGGGGCUUGGGGGGAGACACAGAUUCCAAUGAAGUUUUAUGCUUUACUUUUGACUAUUAUGCCUCUUUGGCCUCUUUUUUUUAAAAGCCUCCUUCCUUUUGUUUAUUUUUCAUGACACUCAAUUUUUCAGAGUGAAGGCAUUUUUCUUAUAGCAUAUCCCACAUUCUGGGUGUGACUGUUUCCUAAUGAUCGGGUUUGGAUUAAAUAUUUUUGGCAAGAAAACAUAUAGAUGUUGUGUAGCUCAAGGUAUGUAAUGCCAGGUUGGCCCACUAUUGGAAUAAUACUGAUUUUGAUGACAUGGUUAAUGUGGUAGAUGUCCAGUCUGUCCAUUGUACAGGUUCAUUAUUUCCCUGGAAAUUAAUAGAUUAUCUGCAGGGUGAUAACCUUGAGAUCAAACCCUGGGUCCUAACAAUCAUUUGCCCAGUGAUUUUAGCAUUCAUCGAUGAGUCUUGCUUAAGUCAGUGAUUAGUUUGGGAGUUGUAAAAUAGUAAUUUCUAACUCUCAUUCCGUCUACGUUCAUUACCUCUCAUUCAUUCAUAAAAAACAGCUUUCCCUUUUUUUUGAAGGCCUGAUACUUUUACCCUAAAAAUUGUAUGUGUGUGUGUGUGUGUGUGCUUGUUCUCAUAGAGAGAGAGAAGGGGGCAUUUUCCUUAUAAUAUGGAAGGGUACCAUGGUGCCAAAAGGGAUUUAGUACCACUGCAAAUCAGGGCAUGCUAAGCUCAGCCUCCAGCUGGGUGACUUUGGAUUUUCUCCACCCAUCAGAGGUGAGCAUGUGCAUUUGCCGUGUGCCUAGUGGGUGUGAAUACCAGUCCUUCUCUGACCCUGUGGUAACACAGUAAGUGUUACUACCUGCCCUUUAUUCAUGAAAUAUUCAGCAAGCACUAGUGGAGUGCCAGGCACUGCGCCAGGCCCACAGAGAGGAGUAAGACCUGACCCAGCCCUCGAGGAACUCUCUGCCAUGUUGAUAGAUGUGUAAAGAGAUAAAUUACAGGGUUAUCAGUAAAGAUGGGCAGGCACUUGCAGAAGCCUACGGUGUAUUUGGUUCUAAGAGGCUGGGGGCAAGAAAGGGGGAAUAUGUUCUUCCUACUACCUCCUCUGGCCCUGGGGUGGCCUGCAGGGUGGCCGGUGCUGCCUGAGGGAACCUCUUCCUGAGCCUUCCCCUGGUCUUGAUAUUCAAGAAGUCAGCACAGGGCCAGGGCAGAUGCACCAUCAGAUAGCCUGGGCCUGCUCAGGUUUCUCCCAUCUGCCAGAGCUCGUACCACCUGAGAUGCCUGGGCCCUCUCUGCUGGGGCACCUCACAAAGCCUGUCAGAGGGGCUGGACAGGAGCCAGAGCCAGGUAGGGGUGGCACAGAUCACCUCCUGUGACUCAGCCUGGUCCCACCCUUACAAGGUGAAUCAGAACCUCCAGGAGGUGGAGCCCAGGAAUCUAGUUUUUAAAUGUUUCCUAAACAUUCCUAAUGAUCUGGCCAGUUUGGGAAGCCCUGUCAUGUCCUGCCUUCCAUCCUGAUAGGCUGGGGGCAGGAGCAACAAGGGGGACGUGGCUGCUUCCAGGCAUGACAAAGAGGUCCUUCCCUCUGCAUCCCGGGCCCUCCCCAGCUCGUCCAUCAGAGGGGUCCUCCUCCUCCUCCAUAUGGAGACUUUGGUUGUCAUCUUUUCACCCGCCCUACUGAAAAACACACAAACAUAAAUGGAAGGGAUGCACAGAUACUGUGGUGAUGAGGUGAUGGGAGGAGCUGGGGAGAAGUAAUAUGUGUAAGUGUGUGGUUACAGUCUGAAGGGCCAAACCUUCCUAGUGCAAAAGCACAAUUUUAAAGCCCUCCAAUUAAGCCACCCCACCCAACCAACUACAGCUGACCCUUGAACAACACGGAUUUGAACUGCACAGAUCUGCUUACAUACAGAUUGCUUUCAAGAAAUACACUGGAAAAUUUUUUGAAGAUUUGCCACAACUUGAAAAACAUUUUCUUUUUUCUAACUUGCUUUAUUGUGAGAGUACAGUAUAUAAUAUAUAUAACAUUACAAAAUAUGUGUUAAUUGACUGUUUAUGUUACUGGUAAGGCUUCUGGUCAAUAGUAGGCAAUUAGUCGUUAAGCUUUAGGGGAGUCAAAAGUUUUUUGUGGAUUUUUGACUGUGCCCAGGAUCAGCACCUCUAACCAGGCCUUGUUAAGGGUCAGCUAUAAUGUGAAGUAGGCACGGCAGCUAUUUUAAUUUCCAUUUUACAUAUGGAAGCAAAGAGAUUCUUGACUCACAUUAUAUAUAUAUAUAGUAAGUAGCAGACCUGGCAUAACACUUCUGGACAUCCAGAACUUACUGUUACAUUGUCAUUUUAUACUUAUAGAUCCUGGUUGAUUAAGCUGUCUCUUAAAUUAGGCAGAUCCCUGACUUCUGCCUGGCCUCUACCUCAGGCUUGAAGCCAUCCUUUCUGCCUGGUGCUGGGUAGCGUGCGCUCAGUGCCUGUAUUUUCCCUC